AUGGGAGAUCUCUACGCUUUGGACUUUGAUGGAGUUCUCUGCGAUAGCUGUGGAGAAAGCUCUCUUUCUGCUGUUAAGGCUGCGAAAGUGAGAUGGCCUGGUUUGUUUGAAGGAGUUGAUUCAGCUUUAGAGGAAUGGAUCGUUGAUCAAAUGCAUAUUGUGAGACCUGUGGUGGAAACUGGCUAUGAAAAUCUUCUACUUGUUCGGUUACUGUUGGAGACAAAGAUGCCUUCUAUUAGGAAAUCUUCAGUUGCAGAGGGGUUGACUGUUGAUGGGAUAUUGGAGAGCUGGGGAAAGAUUAAACCAGUUAUCAUGGAAGCUUGGGGUGAAGGAGAUAAAGAUGCUUUGAUUGAUUUGUUUGGGAAAGUUAGAGAUGAUUGGAUUAACAAUGACUUGACCACUUGGAUUGGUGCCAAUAGAUUUUAUCCAGGAGUUUCAGAUGCACUGAAAUUUGCCAGCUCAAAGAUCUACAUUGUCACCACUAAACAGGGCCGUUUUGCAGAAGCGUUGCUGCGUGAAAUAGCAGGUGUAAUCAUACCACCAGAAAGGAUUUACGCUUUGGGUUCAGGGCCAAAGGUGGAAGUGCUAAAGCUACUUCAGAACAAACCAGAACACCAGGGCUUGACGCUGCAUUUCGUGGAAGACAGACUCGCAACGCUGAAGAAUGUCAUCAAAGAGCCUGAACUAGACAAAUGGAAUCUAUACCUAAGUAACUGGGGCUACAACACAGAGAAAGAAAGAGCAGAGGCAGAAAGUAUUCCAAGAAUUCAGGUUAUCGAGCUUUCCACGUUUAGCAAUAAGCUUAAAUGA